CGCUAGCAGCACCGUCUCUGACAAGUCUGACGUCUGACGUGCGUAGUGUGCUCCCGGAGCUCGUGCGUAUGCACACGCGUGAUAAAAAUGUUUGUUUAUAGUUGAUAAUUGUUCUGAUAACGCUAAACAUGAUGGAUUAUGAAUUUAAGAUGAAGACGCAGAAAGACCGCACGAAGGUCGAGGAUCUAUUCGAGUUCGAGGGUUGUAAGGUUGGAAGAGGUACUUACGGGCACGUAUACAAAGCCCGUAGGAAAGAAGGUGUUUCAGAUAGCGAACUAAAGUCUCGGCCUGAUACAAAAGACUUUGGCCUUAAGCAAAUUGAGGGUACAGGACUUUCAAUGUCUGCAUGUCGAGAAAUUGCUUUACUCAGGGAACUAAAGCAUGUCAAUGUUAUUACUCUUAUUCGUGUUUUUCUCUCACAUAACGACCGUAAAGUUUGGUUGCUAUUUGACUUUGCUGAACAUGAUUUAUGGCAUAUAAUUAAAUUUCAUAGAGCAGCAAAGGCUAAUAAGAAACCUGUAAUGGUGCCGAAAGGCAUGGUCAAAUCUUUAUUAUAUCAAAUUUUAGAUGGUAUUCAUUAUUUACAUUCCAACUGGGUACUUCAUAGAGAUUUGAAACCAGCAAAUAUUUUAGUAAUGGGUGAAGGAAAUGAGCGGGGACGUGUGAAAAUUGCCGAUAUGGGCUUUGCUAGAUUAUUUAAUGCUCCUCUUAAACCUUUAGCAGAUUUAGAUCCCGUUGUAGUUACAUUUUGGUAUAGAGCUCCGGAAUUACUUUUAGGUGCUAGACAUUAUACGAAAGCUAUAGAUAUAUGGGCUAUUGGCUGCAUAUUCGCGGAACUCUUAACAUCUGAACCUAUAUUUCAUUGUAGACAAGAAGAUAUUAAAACUAGUAAUCCAUACCAUCAUGAUCAAUUAGAUAGGAUAUUCAAUGUGAUGGGAUUCCCACUAGAGAAAGAUUGGGAGGAUAUCAAAAAGAUGCCAGAGCAUCCAACAUUACUCAGAGAUUUUAAGAGAUCCAAUUACGCAAAUUGUUCACUUACCAAAUACAUGGACCGGCAUAAGAUCAAACCCGAUAGCAAGGCAUUUAAUUUGUUACAAAAAUUACUGAUGAUGGAUCCAAACAAGCGUAUUACCUCCGAGCAUUCUAUGCAGGAUGCUUACUUCCAAGAGGAGCCACUGCCAACACAAGACAUAUUUGCCGGAUGCCCUAUCCCUUAUCCCAAAAGAGAAUUUCUUACGGAUGACGAUACUGAAGAAAAGACUGAAAACAAAGCGAGGCAAAAUCAGCAACAAACGCAACAGCAGAAUCAACAGCAGCAAGGUAACGGCGAUCACAAUCACGGGCAGAACGCGAAACGGGUGAGACUGAACGGACCGCACGGUGCUCCCGAGUUCCAUCAGCACCAGAGCCACGCGAUGACCCAUCAACAACCACCAGGGAUGGUUUAUUCGACUACCCAGCCAACGCAACCGUCGAACUUUCAUCAACGUUUUUAAUUUUGUCACAAGUAAUUAGAUCGAUGCGACGAAGUCAGGCUGAAACUUAAACUUUCACUAAUGCAUUAAUUUAAUUCACUAAUCCUGUCAACAAAACGGUCAGUCGGUCCGUGUAUAUUCCGCAUAAGUAUAAUAAUACAACUUUAUUUAUAUAUACAUCUAUA